CGUCGCUCCUCCCAACCAAUCAGAAGUGAGUAUUUUUCGCGCUGAUUGGGAGUAGAGUUUCCCGCAAGCUUUGAUUCAAGUUGAAUGAAAUCGGGGGUUUUCAAGAUGAUUCAAACAGACUAUUUUCAAAUUUGAUAACUAUUCGAGAAAUUCAACAGUAGCUGAGUGAGGCUGGAGUUGGAUGGGAUGGACCGUAAGGGAUGGUCUGGGAUGGACAGUACCAGUAAGGGGCGGUCUCUGCCCUCGGUGCCAGAGGCCCUCAACCCAGUCAGCAUGAAGCAGCCAUCUGAGCCCCUGGGGGGGAGGAUGGGUCGGGGUGGGGGUGACCUGGGGGUGGACCCUGCCCUGCUGAUGGACAAGGCAGCUUCCCAGUUGGCCGUGACGCUCCAGGACAGUGUUCUAAACCAGAUGGCCUCUCAUGGUCAUAGUCAUGAGAGGCUGAAGGACCUGACGUCCCGCAUGCUGAACGGAGACCAGGACAAGCUGCCCAAGCUGUGCCCCUCCGAGCCCCCCAUCCUGAGGGUACUGAGGCCCCCUCCUCCCACCCCAGCCCCCAGAGGAAGGCCACCUCCCGAGAUUAAACUGAAGAUCACCAAGAUGGUGUCCAAGGGGAAGCCGGCGCGUUUCGAGACGUUCUGUGGAGAGGGGCCCAACCUGCCUACUGAGGACCUCCUGGUUCCAGCCAGUAGGGCGGGGAGGAAGAGGAGACUCAUCAAACCCAAACCUCUGCACAAACUUGCCUCCAACCAUGACCCAGUUCCAGGGGAGAUGUCAGCUGCCAGUCAGCCAGAGGAGGGCACUGCUGCACCACAACAGAUCCAGCAGGCCAGUCCUCUGGUGGAACAGAGACAGGAAGAGGAGCUCCCUGUCAAUACAGUGUUCUCUGUGGGUGAUGUCGUGUGGACCAAGGUGUCAGGAUACCCAUGGUGGCCCUGCAUGGUCUCUACCGACCCAGAACUCAACACACACCUCAAACACAAAGCAAUUAACAGCCAUACGCCUGGCAUCCUAUAUCACGUCCAGUAUUUUGGGAACCCGGAGAGGGGCUACAUCUUUCAGAAGAACAUGGCCUCCUUCAGUAGGGAGGAACAAUAUGUUGAGCUCUGCCAUGGCAACAAACAACCAUCUUCCCAGGUCUUCCACAGAAAGAGUACCACUUCUUCCGUACCUCGGAAGCUCCAUGCCCAAUGGGUGGUGGGCAUCACUCAGGCCAAGGAAGCUGCCAGCCUGGCCCUGGAGGAACGCCUGGCCAAGUACACCUCCUACGAUACUAACGGGCCACACCUCAACCCCCGCCUGCAGGCUGAGCCCGGCUGUGCUGAGCAUGUCCCCGCUGAGCUCGGUCCCGCUGAGUUCGGUCCCGCUGAGCAUGGCCUCGACCUUGGACCAAAGCAGACAAAGGCCCAAACCCCGGACCAGGAGCUAUCCAGGCUGACCCUCCUGUCUCCCAGCCCAACCAGUUCCCAGGCCCAGCCCACCCCACAGACUGCAGAUCUUGUCUCCCCUAGCUCAGAGACUGAACUACUUGAACCUCACGAGCAGAAACAGAAGACGUCCAAACUGAAAUCUCAACUACCUGCCAAGACAGGGAGGAAGAGGUCCAAGGGGGUUGCCUUGACUACCAACAUGCUAGAAACCCUGUCACAUGCACCUGUAGCUGAGAAGGAUUGUCAGAAGAAGCAGCUGCCUUGUAAACAAGCUCUAGAAAUCGAUGAGGACAAGGACCAACAACCCAAGAAGAAACGCGAAGUUGGCGACAAACAGAAGUGGUGUGUCCAGAUUCCUUGUUCUAAAGAACUAGAGAAGACAAAGCCAAUCAGGAAGAGGAGGCUGGACUCAGCCAGCCAGUUAGCAGCCUCCCAGACCAAGAAGAGGAAGAGAGCAGCAGCCAGUCCUGAGCCAGAGGGCUCUGGCAGUGAGGAGCGUCCAGAGUCCCCCAGUGACAGCAUAGACCAGGCCAACGGGGCCAAGAAGACUAACGGAGGAGGCCCCAAGAAGGAAUCUGUCUGUCAGGUGUGUGAGCAGGCUGGAGAGGAUGUGGUGCCAUGUGAGGGUCAGUGCUGUGGGUCCUUUCACCUCUCCUGUCUAGGAUCCACCCUGAAACCACAGGACAAGCUGCUCUGUCCAGACUGCACCUCAGUGUUUCACCCUGACUCCGUGUUCUCCAGUGCUGAUCGGGGUGCACCAGGUUUCAGGUGCAGGUGCAUCGCUGUAACGUGCAGCACUGUGGGGAAGUUCUACCAUGAAGCCUGCGUCCGCUCCCAACGCCCUCACGGUUUUCGACAAGGGCUUCCGCUGCCCCUCCACUCCUGUCUCAGCUGCCACUCUAAACCCAAGGCUACCAAGGGUAAGCUGAUGCGUUGCCUGCGCUGCCCGGUGGCGUACCAUACAGGAGAGGUGUGUGUUGCGGCUGGCAGUGAGAUGUUGACCCCCACCACCAUCAUCUGCACCAACCAUUUCUCACCCAAGAAGGGCUACAGCCACCACUCUCAUGUUAACGUCAGCUGGUGCUUCGUCUGCUCCAAAGGUGGUCAGCUCCUGUGCUGUGAGUCGUGUCCAGCUGCGUUCCAUCCAGACUGUCUGAACAUCGACAUGCCGGAUGGCAGCUGGUUCUGUAACGACUGCCGGGCCGGAAAGAAACCCAAAUACAGAGACAUCAUCUGGGUCAAACUGGGCAACUACAGGUGGUGGCCUGCAGAGAUCCAUCACCCUCGGAACAUCCCCACCAACAUCCAGCACCUUCGCCACGAGAUCGGAGAGUUCCCAGUCUUCUUCUUUGGUUCUAAGGACUACUUCUGGACGCACCAGGGCCGAGUUUUCCCCUACAUGGAGGGAGACCGGGGCAGCAGGUUCCAGAGGAAUGGGAUAGGGAAGGUCUUCAAGAACGCGCUGUUGGAGGCGGAGACUCGCUUCAAGGAGAUCAAGAUGGAACGUGAGGCCAAGGAAGCGCAGGAGAACAACCGGAAACCACCUCCGUACAAAUACAUCAAGAUCAACAAGCCCUGUGGCCGGGUGCAGGUCUACACAGCCGACGUGUCGGAGAUUCCCAAGUGUAACUGUAAGCCCACGGACGAGAAGCCGUGUGGGUUUGAGUCAGAAUGCCUGAACAGGAUGUUGAUGUACGAGUGCCACCCUCAGGUCUGUCCCAACGCAGAGCGAUGCUGCAACCGGGACUUCACCAAGAGACACUACCCAGAGACGAAGAUCAUCAAGACUGCUGGCAAGGGCUGGGGCCUGGUGGCACUACGGGAUAUUAAGAAGGGUGAGUUUGUGAAUGAGUACAUCGGAGAGCUGAUCGAUGAAGAGGAAUGUCGCUCCAGGAUCAAGUACUACCAGGAGAAUGACAUCACUCACUUCUACAUGCUCACCAUCGACAAGGAUCGGAUUAUAGACGCCGGCCCUAAAGGGAACUACUCCCGCUUCAUGAACCACAGCUGCCAGCCCAACUGUGAGACGCAGAAAUGGACGGUGAACGGAGAUACCAGGGUUGGGCUCUUCGCUGUCUGUGACAUCCCUGCUGGGACAGAGCUCACCUUCAACUACAACCUGGAUUGCCUUGGUAACGAGAAGACUGUGUGUCGCUGUGGGGCUCCCAACUGUAGUGGUUUCCUUGGAGACCGGCCAAAGGCCUCCGGUUUCCAGGCCGCGGAGCCCAAGGGGAAGAAAGCCAAGAAGAAAGUGAAGAAGCGUCGGACACGGAACGAGGGGAAGGAGUCUGAGGACGAGUGUUUCCGCUGUGGAGACGGAGGGCAGCUGGUUCUGUGUGACAAGAAGAGCUGCACCAAGGCCUUCCACCUCUCCUGCCUGGACCGAACCAAGAGACCCUUUGGGCGCUGGGACUGCCCGUGGCACCACUGUGACGUGUGUGGGAAGCCAUCUGAGGCCUUCUGCCAGCUGUGCCCCAACUCAUUCUGCAAGAACCACCAGGAGGGGGCGCUACGGCCCUGGCUCCACACCGGACAACUCUGCUGCCAGGAGCACGAUGACCCCUGACCUGGAGCGGACUGACUGAUCAGGUGCCUCUAAAUGCUCCAAGAGAGGCCGACCUGCAGCAGAACAUGACCCAACUCCAUAAUAAUGUUUUCAAUAUGACUGACAGCACUGUAUGUCUCUCUCAUCAGGGAUUUUCUCAACAGCUCAUUCAACCAAUCGGGUCCUUCCACUCAGCUUGUACCUGUUGUGUUUGUCUGCACUGUGGUAGAAAGCACAAAGACAACAUGGCACCUCAGACAGAUACAGCAUUAGUCUCAUCAUUCCUCUCCCCAGUAGUUGUGUGUAUAUAUAUAUGUAUGUAUAUGAAAGACCAAAAUGAAAAUACUGGAAUAUUGUUAGUACCAGGUUGAAACUGUUUUUAUCUGAAGUAAUAUCGUAAGGCACUAUGGAUAAGUCUUGACUUACAUUUACUAUAGGCAAGUACUGCAUAUUGUUUUCAUUUGAGUAAUGUGAUGCCCACCUGUUCAGAGUUAUUAGAGCUGAAACUCCAUCACGUUGCUGCUGACCUCUAUAUGUACCUGUGGCUUUAAUACCGGAAUAAAGAGGACUUA